AUGGCUCCCAAACGUACCGCUCAGGGCAUCGCCAAGUCCGACUCGAAGUCGCCCGCGACGGAGCGCAAGAUCCUCAUUACCGCCGCCGAGGGCCAGACCGGCCGCCUCGUCGUCGACCUCCUCGCGACGCACGAGGACUACGUCGAGAAGUACGCGUCGCUGACCGCGCUCGUCUUCUCCGAGGAGGCCAAGUCGUUCCUGGACGAGUACGAAGACGUGCAAGUGCUCGUGUACGACCCGAAGGAUCAAGAGGCGCUCGUCAAGAACAUGGAGGAGGUCGACACUUGUCUCCUCAUCCCGCCUGCUCGCAAGGACAAGGCUAAGAUUACGCGUACCCUGCUGGAGGCCGCGAAGAAGGCCAAGUCGGUCACGAACCUCGUGUUCCUGAGCAGCGCCGGUUGUGACUAUGCCGAGAAAGACAAACAACCCCGCCUGCGCGAGUUCAUCGAGCUAGAGACGCUCGCGAUGGCCGCCAAGUCCGACUCGUCCUCCGAAGACACCGGGCAUUCGCCGUGCAUCAUUCGUGCUGGGUUCUACGCUGAGAACCUCUUGCUGUACACCAAGCAAGCUCGCGAGCAGGGCAAACUUCCACUGCCGAUCGAUUCGAAUCACAAAUUUGCACCCGUCGCCCUCGGCGACGUCGCGCAGCUCGCGGCGUACGUCCUCACCUCGGUGGGGCCUCACGGGCUCGCAGACGAGGUCCGCGGUCAGAUGAUGGUCGCCACCGGGCCGAUGAUGGUUGCCGGCCCCGAGCUCGCCAGUGCCGCGUCCGAGGCGCUCGGUUCCAAGCUAGAGUUCGAGAGCGUAACGGAGAGCAAGGCGAAGCAAAUCUUGAAAUCGCCGCAGGGCGAAGAAAUCGACGAAGCCGAGAAGGAGUACCUUCUUGAGUACUAUUCGCUCGUGCGCGAAGGCAAGACGAACUACGUCUCUACCUCUGCCUUCCAUGCCAUCUUUGGACAUCGCGGCCAAGAGCCGGCCGAGUUCUUCAAAGUCUAUUCUGAGGAGUUCAAACCGACUAAACGUCGCAAGGUCGCGGAGACCAACGGCUCUAAAGCGAAAGUGGGCGCGAAGGGCGGCGCCAAGACGAGGUCGAAAAAGGCUAAAGACGAAGACGAAGAGAUGGAGUAA